AGCGAGCCACAGCUACUUGUUGUGUACUUGUGUGCCGUCCUUAACUGUGGCCGGCUGAUCGGAGUAUCAACCAAUUCCAAUGGCCCUGCUUGCCCUGCUCACGGUGCUGCUGCUGGCGCACGCGGCCGCGUACCUGGCGUGGCGGGCCGCGUCGCGUCGCCGGCGCGCGCGCUGCUACCUGCUGGACUACGCCUGCCACAAGCCCUCCGACGACCGCAAGGUCACCACCGAGAUGGCCGGCGCCGUCAUCGAGCGCAACAAGCGCCUCGGCCUCUCCGAGUACCGCUUCCUCCUCAAGGUCAUCGUCAACUCCGGCAUCGGUGAGCACACCUACUGCCCGCGAAACGUCCUCGACUGCCGCGAGGAGUGCCCCACCCACGACGACGCGCUCGAGGAGAUGGACGACUUCUUCGACGACGCCGUCGCAGCGGUGCUCGCCAAGACGGGCGUAAAGCCGCGCGACGUCGACCUGGUCGUACUCAACGUUGGCUCCUUCUCCCCGGAGCCCUCGCUCGUGUCCAGGAUCGUGCGCCGCUUCGGUAUGCGGGAGGACGUCAUGGCAUACAACCUCUCCGGGAUGGGGUGCAGCGCGGGGCUCAUCGCCGUCGACCUCGCCCGAAACGUCAUGCUCACGCGCCCGCGCACCAUGGCGCUUGUCGUCACCUCCGAGUCGUGCGCUCCCAACUGGUACACGGGCACCGACAAGUCCAUGAUGCUCGGGAACUGCCUCUUCCGAUGCGGCGGCGCCGCCGCGCUGCUCACCAACGACCCAGCGUUCUGCGGUCGCGCCAAGAUGGAGCUUCGCUGCCUCGUGCGCGCCAACAUCGGCGCGCACGACGACGCGCACGCGGCAGCCGUGCACCGCGAGGACGCCGACGGCCGCCUCGGCGUCAGCCUCAGCAAGGCGCUCCCCAAGGCCGCCGUGCGUGCCUUCACCAAGAACCUCCAGCGCCUGGCCCCGCGCAUCCUCCCCGUCCGCGAGCUCGCGCGGUUCGCGGCCCGCCGCCUCCUCCGUAACCUCCUCCGGCGCAAGGUCAAAGUCGAGGGCCCUAAGAUCAACUUCAAGACCGGCGUGGACCACUUCUGCCUCCAUCCCGGCGGGACGGCGGUGAUCGAGGCGGUGAGGAAGAGCCUGGGGCUGAGCAUCCACGACGUGGAGCCGGCAAGGAUGACUCUGCACCGGUGGGGCAACACGUCGGCGAGCAGCCUGUGGUACGUGCUGUCGUACAUGGAGGCGAAGCGGAGGCUGAAGCGCGGGGACAGGGUGCUCAUGGUGACCUUCGGGUCCGGGUUCAAGUGCAACAGCUGCUACUGGGAGGUGAGCAGGGACCUCGCGGACGCCGGCGCCUGGGAGGACUGCAUCGACGAGUACCCGCCGGAGACGUUGGUCAACCCCUACAUGGACAUGUUCGGUUGGGUCAACGACGUCCAGGGGCAGGGAGGCGGCUUCGUCUUUUAAUAAUAAAUAAUCCAUGCAUUACGUACAUAAUUAAAUCUUAAUUAAAUUCCUUAUUAUCCUUGACUGGGACAGGCAAAACUAAACUAAGAUUGAUAAAUUAAUCCACAAGGAAGGGCGUGUACGUAUACAUGCAAAUUGCGAAUACGAUGGGGUUAUUAUUCUUUUUUGUCUGAUAUAUGUUUUAUACUUGUAAAUGUUUGGUCGCGUGCAUGUAUGUAUGUGUUCUACCUUGUAAACCUCUUCUUUUACAUGUAUGCCCUGGAAGAAGGAAUUAAUGUGUAACAAGGUGCCCACGAAAAUAGAUACAAGGUUGCAGGGAGCGUUUUUAUGUA